AUGUCAGUUGAACAAGAUAAUUUCCAGAUUUUUGUCGCUCUGCCGACUGAUGAUGUUUUUACCGUCAAAGGAUUAUCGCGCGAAAUGUUCGUGUGUGAGCUUAAAUCAAGGAUAGAACUUAAAGCGGGUGUUCCAGGGGACAUUUUUAGUUUAUUCUUCAUGAAUGUUGAACUGUUAGACAAGGAGGCUCUGAAAACGUGUAACCUCAAGCAUGGCAGCAUUGUCAGAGUAAAAAUAGAACAGAACUGGAUCGGUCUGUCUGAAGCCUGCUGGCGCGGGGAUAUCUACGAUGUUUUUGAAAAUGGAGUUCAGUUCUUGGACGAGAAGAAAUUUGAGGGAUAUAACAUUUCUCUUUGGAAUAAGUUGGUGAUCCGGCGCGCAACGCUCGCUUUAUUUAUUGCUUGCCAUCGUGGUUACCUCGGACUGAUACUUGAACUUAUUAACCGAGGAGCCACUGAUAUCAACGGUAAAACCAUAUUUGGACGGAACGCACUGCAUGUGGCGGCCUAUCAAGGUUUUGUGGGCUGUGUAUCGUUGUUGCUUAGUGAAGGCGCUGUUUGUAAUCAAAUUGACAUUCAAGGUAAAACACCUCUUGCACUAGCCAGCGAAAACGGUCAUGUUUACUGUGAGAGAAGACUUUGGCUUUAUCAGUGGAGUGUACAAACAUUUAGACAACCGUCAAGGUGGAGUAAGGAAUCAAGCGAAUCAAGCGAAAGUGGAGAAAGGUAAGCUGGGUACACGUGACUUCAUUUAUAUGAUACUCGUAGGAUGUGGUAAGCAAACGACCUCCUGAAUCAUAGUUUCUUCAAACCAUUUUACUUUGCCUAAAAUUGACUAUAUAAACUACAGAAUACUUAACAUUUAGCGACAGCAACUACCCAAAUUAUUAUACUACAGCAUUCGGCACCCUGUAAUAAUUCGUCAAAGAAAAUUUGCUGGGAAGCCGAGAACACAGUUUCAGUGUCAGGUAAUUGAUUUUCUUUGGAGCAAUUGCUCGGUGAUUCCCUUGGGUAGUGUUAACUAAUCAAGGUAUUCAAAAAACAAAACACACUUCAAUCUGUGUACACACCCUUUUUGCAAGUUUAUGAAAUCAGAGAAAAAAAGUCAUUUGACCUGCUCGUUUUGCUUCAGGCUUACGCAGGAUUAUGAGACCUCAACUCUAAGCUUUAUAUUAAAAGGUCAAAGUGACAGCAAGUGGUAAAAUUAAUUUGGUGGAUUAUCUUGUCAGUCUCGUCUUCCAAAAUAAUUUUGUCUCAUGUAAUGAAAGCCGGAUUCCAGAAUCCAAGAAAUUUGUGCUUGUGUAAUCCAGAAUCUGGGAAAAUUUGCUCGUGGAAUCCGGGAUCUUGGGCUUUGGAAUCCAAAAUAGAGCUCAAGGAAUCCGUAAUCCUUCUAAAGAUUUGAAUCCAGAAUCCAAGUGUCACUGACUAAAGACUGGAAUCCAGUACCUUGAAAUCUGGAAUCCACGGUGUGGAAUCCAGAAUUCAUGACUGUCUUGGAUUCCUUUAAAUGGGGCGCCGAAUAAUUGAUUAGCAAAAUUGCCAAUGCUAAGCAACGAUUUUCAUUCAUCAUCUACGAAUUUAUUCUCAGCAAGGACGCUCAUCGCGCCAACGGUUGCCCGUUUCUGUGGAGUUGUGUAACUAAUCGGCUUUUUGUUUCACCAGAAAUGGGCGAUAUUCCCAGAACUUCAAGAAGUUACCAUUUACACGAAGAAGACCGGACGAGCCUGAUAACAACAAUAACGGCAUCAUACACAACAAUAAUGAACAAGAAACAAAGGUAAGGUUUUUUGAAAUUCAAGAAAUGUUCACGCCAUACCGGAUAACUCUUGCGCCGCCAUGAAAAUCUUAUGGGAUAGGGCUUCUGUUCACACAUAAGAACGGUGAUUUCAGCGCGAUUUCUGUUACUGAGCGCCGCGCUGGUUUCAUAAGUGGAGCGCCACAGAUCCAAUACGUUUUGGUGUAGUGUGAAAACCUUUUCGGACUGCCGCUGAAGUAAAUGGGUGGGGACUGGAAUCCCCUAAGACAGAAGUAAAUAUUCAGGAGUCGGGACUGGGAUUUAGCUCACCAAGUUAACCCUCUCGGCCUGAACCGCUCCAGCACGAUUAAUGUGUGUGAACCACUUGAGCUAGCCCCUGGCCCUUGCUGUUUAUACUAUUAAUACCGGAUAACUUUUCGAGGCGGCACGCAUAGUGUCAGUAAUGCCUCGUUCUUAGGCGUGUCAAGAAUGUUUGAAAAAAAGGAAAACGCGACUGCGAGUGAUAGUAUCGCGUAAUGAACGAUGGGAACGUUUAGCGUUGACGCAGAGGACGCUGAUACCUAGCGCGGAAUUGAACCGAAAUCGCUCCAGUCGUUCUCGCAUCCGCUAGAACGCACCAGGGUACGAGGCAGGUGUCAAUAUAGCCUUAGUGAAAUAUGGCAUUAACAAAGCCAGAGAAAUAAUAAGCGUGCAAUAAACACUUAGUGGUGACUAGAUUCGCUCCGAAAUCAACUUGUUUUUUUCGCCGCUAUCAUCAUAUUAUUUGUCAUCCCUUGUUAAAAAAGGAGUACCGAGUGUGUGGGACAUAUCAUGUGGGCGGGGGAGUUCACCACUCACUUUGGCCGAGGGGCCAAAUUCAGUUGCUUUCCUUUGCAUAAAAAGUGAAUUCCCCGGUCAACCCCGAGGGGGUGUCCGGGGACUUCAAAUGACAAACGAAAUUCAGAUAUGUUUUUCAAAUACCAAGCCAUACAAAAACGAAGUUCAAAUGCGCUUUUCAAAGUGAUGUGAAAACGAAAAACGAAAUUCAUAUCUGUUUUUCAAUGUCAUGCGAAAACGAAAAACGAAAAAUGGAAAUGGAAUUUGAAUUCCAUUUUCCCCUGCCAUCGAAAAACGGUUGGCACUAAGGUACACGCAUUCAACCGAUCCAUUUUCAACUGCAACGAAAACCCCUGUAUUGGGUAAUUUAUUUAAGUUUAAAAGAUUUGCCAUCACAUUCGCACGGGCAUUUUGCCAUUGGGGAUAAUGAAAAAAAUAAGACGAUUGUCAUAUUUUCUUCAUCUUUAUCCCCAAGUGGCAAACUUCUCGUGCAAAUGUGAUGCCAAGACUAAAAACCUUGAAUAAAUUACCAAGUACAAGGACUUUCAAUGCAGCUGAAAAAUGAACAGAAGUACUGGAGUUGAUGGCUUUAUUUCUCCUCAAAACGGAAACCUACGACGACUCUUGAGAGUUUUUCGUAGAUAAUAGAAUUUGCCUUGUUAAGAGGUUUCGAAAAAAGAGGGACAAAUAGGAAGUAAGUUUGAUACAUAGAAAUUCUUUUACCUUGCCCCGCAUUCAGCAUAAAGUUGUUCUUCUUUUAUUGCGAACUGUAUUCGCCGUGUGUUUCUGAUUACUCAGUUUGUUUCACUGAAGCUUUAGGCAAGAAUACCCUUGCAGAUAGGAGAUAGUCUGCCAGCUGGCUUCCUCUAUUCGUGCGUCAACUUUCACAAAUGUGUUAGCAUUGCAUUGACCAGCUAUUUGUGCAGCGAGUCCUACGGUCACAAUUGACUUCAAACUUGUAGAUAUAAAACUAGAGAGCUCUGACACUUAUUUGCCGAAGUCAGAGAAAAAUCUGUCUUAGGGUUUCGAAAUUAUUGACAUUUUUGUAGAAAUGCGGUUUUAAACAUAUGCCAAUAUCUCAAACAUUUCUGCUACACAGCCGUUUUCAGUGUCGUCACGCAACGUUCCUCCGGGGGGAAGCGUUGCGCGACGACACUAAAAACGGCUGUGUAGCAGAUUAAGGAGGGCUAGGGUAACUGAAAAAAUAAAUGAUUGUUAAUAUAUCCUCUAAAAAGGCCUGUAAGAAUAAGAUUGAUUUGCUGCCUUUUUAUGACCCUUCUACUGACUUCAUUCUCCAGGCAUCUCGUCUUCAACUUCCUCGCGUUAUAAACGACGAUGGCAAACGACAGAGCCGUCGACUAAACAGUUAUGAACCACCUCAGGUUCCCUUUCCUACUGUGCAAGUAGCUGAGAAGUACAGGAAAGAGUUUCAGGAGUAUAACGACAAGACACCUCAUUUACCAACCCAGACUCAAAAUGGAUCAAAGAAGGAAGAAUUUGUGGAAGACCAAGACAUCAAAGUGCCAGACAUAACGACACCCUUAGCGAAUGAGAUAGAGCUUGUGGGAGAAGUCAACAACAAUGCCAAUGAGAGCUGUGUGGCAGAUUUAAAAAGACAAGUCGAGAGUAACACUCCAAGCUGCGAGGAAAAAAGUGACGGUAAGCUGUAGCCACAAGGCUAGGAAGUUAGGUAUCGAAAGAAUUACUGUAAUUGCAUGUCAGUCUUCAGAUAACUGGUCCUUUUUAGACCAAUUUCAUGUUUUGUUUUUCUCUGUAACUUCUUUUAUAUUUCGAACCCCCCACUUUCCUUCUGCAAUGCUAUUGACGGCCUUUUUUGUGUCGUGGGCUUGGUGUUUGCAUAGUAUGCCUUCAGCCGAGUUAUUCGUGACUUUGUGCAAGAAACUCCUCCAGAACAAAAAGAAUAGCUACAGGAAGUCGGAUUCUGAAAGCCGUUCUCAGUAGAAAUUUAUCUUGGUAAUUUUACUAUAGCUUAGAGCGUAAUUAAGGAGGUGUCAUGUAUAUUUAGAAUCACGAAACGUCAGGUUAUUUUUACCGAUACGGCGGCCAUAUUGAAUUAAUUCGAUUUAAGGAGUAUUAUAGGAUGCCCAGGGGGCAUGAGCACAUUUCGUUUGUAUUUUCGAGCUCUUUUCGGGACAUUUUUUCUUAAAGUUUUCUUAGAAUAAGAUUGUAAUGAGAAAAAAGAUCCUUGUGCCGUGUUUGGGUGUAAUAAUGAUCGCCUUUUUCUAGUUUAGUAUUAGAAAUAUGUUCUUUCACUAUAUAUUUCUCGGGAAAAGGGCCAUCAUUAUUACAUCAAAACACGGCACAAGGAUCUUUUUUCCCAUUACAAUCUUAUUCUAAGAAAACUUUAAGACAAAAUGUCCCAUAAGCGCUCGAAAAUACAAACGAAAUGUGCUCAUGCCCCCUGGGCAUCCUAUAAUACUCCUUAAAUCGACGCGAAUUCUGAAGUUUAAGCCAACUGACGAUUCCGUUAUUCGCUGCCGUCAAUCAUCUAAACGGACCUCUUCGCAAACUGAAGUUUACUUCAAUGGGUUCAAAAGGUCUAUGUUUUGGGAUUUGCGAUUGUUGGAUUUCGAUCCGUUCUGCGUGUUUCUUUGUCUCAAGGUUCGCUACUUGUAAUCGUAAUUAUGAUUGACGGGAGCGAAAAUCGAAAUUGAGAAGGCGCCUUUUGAACUUCAGAGUUCGCGUGUUUUUGAAAAGCGUCGUAAACAGAACAAAUAAAUCUGGCACGAAACUACUUCUCUGCUGCCUUCCCCCUCGAGCUCAGACGCUUUUUUUUCGCACAGAGGCGACCUCAAAACCCAAGUAUAUAACUGUUCACAAAGCGCUAGGGACCGCGGGAAGGAGAAGCGAAGCACGUCUCUCCCGUUUUCUACUUCCCGCCUUCGUUUGCCCGCAUCGAGAGAGAAAGAAACGUCUGGGUAAGAGGCAGACUUUUCUAUGAAGAAAAUUGAAGGGAAACAAGGUCACGUGCUACAAACUAACGUUCACGUAAACGUGAUUUUAUAUGUUAUUUUUUCACGGAGGAAAUAUAUGUUUGUCACUGUUUGUCUGUAUGGCUGGAUGGUUUAGGCCACUAAAUUAAAGAAAAGUCAGCGAUCUAUUUUUUGGUUUGACUGUUUGUUUUUUGCCGUAAAGACCAAACAAACAAAGAAAUUCUCACAGGCAAGCGACAAGCUGAACAUCAAGGACAAGAUAAUCGAGUCACAGAGGAAUCUAAGCCCCAAGAGCAAGAUAGGUAGCUAUGAUUUUCGGACCUUUUAUUUAUGUUUAUAUUAAUUUUGUUGAUAAUAGUGACCGGAUUAAUCACUUAAGAAUAUUGAGGUUUAUCUUGAUAAUAUCUUAUAGUUUUAUUACCACGCAAAAAUAAUUUUUAAACGCCAAUAGAAAGACUGUUUAAGGACGGACUACUAAGGAAUUCAUCAUUCCAAAUCAAUCAACACUGAAUAUCGAUCCAAACAACACCCUCAUAGUUUCUUCUGCCAAUGUACCUGGCUUUAAAAGUCCUCUCUGAGAGAUGAAUAUGUUGAGAGAGUGGAAUGGUCGAAAGGCAGGGUUUAAAAUUACCUUGGCAGAAAGCAAUCAGACUGUGACAAAUGAUAGCCAUAAUAGUUAACAUCUUCUCUUGUAAGAUCCAAAUUAUGUUCAGGCUGACUGUACCUCCAUUUACGUAACCUACAAAUUCUAGAAAGACUGAGCUACUCAGCCCCUGCGCUUUUCGCUAAAGAUUGGUUCGCAUCGCUACUUUUACCAGCUGUAUUACAAACUAAAGUAGUGUUUUUUUCCUUUUGAAGACAUGCUUAUGCGAUCAUUGCAUAAGGCUUUCGCAACGUAUGUAACCUGUGACGCAUCGUAAUUUCUAUAUUUGAUCUUAUUUUAGCAGGCCUGUUUCAGGUAGAUCCAAUGGAAUCCGUAAAUUGGACAUCCUGAUGACCGAGUCAAGAGUUGAAAAGAUGAAAACUGUAUCGUCGUUACACGAGCAAGACAAGUUACAUGCAUGGGAUAAAAAUGAAUCUGAGAGCGAACUAGAACCGCAGCAGGAAAGUACGUUAAUCAAUCUUCGGAAAGAAUACUCUUGUAAGAAACCUUCUCAAUCCUAUGAAGACUGGCUUCAAAUGAAGCGAUCUCAAGAGAAAAACAGACCAUCAACUGCGCCAACACAGAAAAGCAGGCUUGGAAAGAGUAUCGAUCCAGAGUCGUUCAAGAAAUGGCUGAAUAGUAAGCGACACCAACGGACACUGUCGAAUUCUGAAUCUUCUUAUUCUAAUAAAAAGACUUUUAUUAGUUCUGGAGGAUUGACGUUUGAACGCUGGCUUGAAACAAAGUUAUCAAACCGUCCCUUUAGUGCUGUAAAUUACGUCACCGAGUCACCUGAUUCAACGUCAAGGGUGACUAACAAAGUUAGAAAACAAAAUAUUUCUGGAAAACCAUUUGAGGUUUGGCUAGCAGAAAAGAAAAUAUUGGAGCAGUCUGUUCAUGGCGGAGAAAAUUACAACGAACAAGACAAAAACACUUCGAGAAGUGGCAAA